GUUUGCUUGACAGUGCAUAUGCACAAUAUAGGUGAUUUGUGUGCUAUUUAUGGCUUCAAAAAGUAGAACGAAAUGCUGACACUCCAUACUAAACGCCUGCGUGGCGCCGGGUUCGUUGCUUCUGACGCUGGCGCCUUGCCGGUAGUUACUGCACGAGGCAUAAGCAAAACAGCUAGAGGUUUAAAGCUGCGAAAGGAGAAGGCUGUGCACCCGCAACACCGUGCAUCAGCAACGUUAGGACCUGGAUCCUUCGCACCCCCAUCCUCAGCAACAGAAGCAUCAGGAGGGUCGACUCGCUCGCCUGAGGUUCGCGCCGCAUCUGACUAUGGGUUUAGCUUCUCAGCCGGUGGCUUGCUCUUCCCCUAUUUUCUCGGCGUCGCACUACAGCUACAGGCGCUGGGCGUGUUGCGCCCCGAAACCCCAGUAGCGGGCGCCAGCGCGGGCAGCAUCAUCGCGGUGUGCUGCAAGAGCGGCCUGAGUGAGGAGCAGCUGGUGACUGCCCUCCUGGACCUGGCGCAGGACUGCCGUACCGGCGGCACCCGCACCCGGCUCAAGUUCGUGCUCCGGCGGGUGCUGGAUGCCGCCUUGCCGCCCGACAUCCACGAGCGCUGCGAGGGACGCUCUUUCCUGGCGGUCACACGCCUGUGGCCGGAGUUCGCACCGCAAACGGUGAGCUCCUUCCGCAGCCGGCGGGAGGUGAUUGAGACGCUGCUGGUGUCGUGCCACAUACCCUACUGGUUUGAUGGGAGCUUGUUCACAUUGUACAAGGACGGCAUUUACUUUGACGGAGGCAUCACCAACUUCCUCCCCGGCACGCCAACGGACGUCUGCCACCGGGUCUGCUGCUUCCCCUCUCAGCAGCUGCGGGCCCUCCCAAGCAUCAGCCUCAGUCCCGACACCUUCGAGCCCUGGCCACACGACAUGCGAACCAUGCUGGGCUGGGCGUUUGAGCCCGCACCUGCGGACAUGCUUGUGGGGCUCGUGGAGAAGGGCAAGCGAGAUGCGCGGUCCUGGGUAUCGAGGAAUGCACCCCAGAUCUUGAUACCUACAGCUGCCCCUGCGGCUACCGAUACGCCUCUUCUUAUGCUGUGAAGUUUCUUAUAACAAAACUUAACAGCGGAGGUAAAAGGGUACUGGUUUGUAGCAUGGGGCUAAUGAGCCUCUACUGUAACUGCCGCUUACCGAUGAUAACGUGUUGUUCCUGGCAGGUUCCUGGGCUGUUUCUUUAGCAUUAGCAGGUGCUGGUAUAGGGAGCUGGAACAGCUUUAGGGUAGGAUUCGUAUGGAGAGCGCGAGGGUAUACGAGUGAGUUUGUGAGUCAGCGAGAGGAAAUGAGCCGAGUACCGAAGAGAGCACGAGGGAAUGAUGUGAGCCGCAGGAGAGGGAAGAGAUGCUAGCGCGAGCAAUGUUUGAACCCACCUUUGUCCUGCCGAGCGAUCUGAGCCAUUGAACCGGCGCUAAACAUGGUUCCCCUGUGUGGUCAUCUAUGAGACCGGUGUGAACUUAUGUAUUGCAGCUUGCAUGCGGAGGGAGCUUCUGUAUGCUACAACUGUAGCCAAUGUACGGCGUGCACAUACUAGGGUACUGGUAUGGGCGUUUGGCGAGGAUGGGCCAUGUGUUUGGAGGUGGAACCGACCUCCACAGUCCAACGGUGGAGGCUGCUUGCACACGUGAUGCACUAUACGUGCGGGAAACCUUCGUGUAUCCUUAUGAUGGCUG